GCCGCGGGUAGGUCGGCAGCGGGUAACGUGACAUCCGCGGCUCGGGGUUUAUAAACCUUACCCGGGGCGCGGGCCGGCGGCGCGCAGCCGGCAGGGAGGCGGCGGAGCGGCGCAGCUUCCCCCAGCCCAUCCUACCCCGAGGACUCCGGAGAAGCCAAUGCCCAGGCUGGAGAGCUGCGCCUGGAGCUGUUCCUGCACUGCCCGGGGGAGGCACAGGAGCCAGCUGGGGGACACGGCGGCGGGGCUGGCCGCCAAGGUGGGCGAGAUGCUGAGCUCCUCGGUGUCCAGCCCCCCGCUGGCGCUGGUGGGGCGCGGAGCUCGCAGCCCCAGCACCUCCAGCGCCAGCAGCAGCGCCAGCAGCACCGGCAGCACCUUGAACUGGAGUCAGCACCUGGUGCAGCGGAGCGUGGUGCUCUUCGUCGUGGGUGCUUUCAUGGCCCUGGUGCUGAACUUGCUGCAGAUCCAGCGGAAUGUGACUUUGUUCCCCGACGAAGUGAUUUCCACUCUCUUCUCCUCCGCCUGGUGGGUGCCCCCGUGCUGCGGCACAGCAGCAGCUGUGGUUGGCCUGCUGUACCCCUGCAUCGACAGCCACCUCGGGGAGCCCCACAAGUUCAAGCGGGAGUGGGCCAGCGUCAUGCGCUGCAUCGCCGUCUUCGUGGGCAUCAACCACGCCAGUGCUAAACUAGACUUUGCAAACAACAUCCAGCUGUCCCUGACUCUGGCAGCCUUGUCACUGGGGCUUUGGUGGACAUUUGAUCGUUCAAGAAGUGGUCUCGGACUUGGAAUAACAAUAGCCUUUGUAGCAACACUGAUAACCCAGUUUCUUGUAUAUAAUGGUGUUUAUCAGUAUACAUCCCCAGAUUUCCUUUACAUUCGUUCUUGGCUUCCAUGUAUAUUUUUCUCAGGAGGUGUGACUGUAGGAAACAUAGGACGCCAGCUGGCUAUGGGUAUUCCAGAGAAACCACACAAUGACUAAGCCUUUGAAGAAGAACACCUGGUGCCAGUGUGAAAGCAACUUUAUGAAGAUGUGUUCCUUUUAAAAACUGAAGAUUAUUUAGAAGAAAUAAUCUCUUUAUGGGCUCACUGCACAAAUGACUUGUGGGGAAAAAAAUUUAUCCACUCUUAGAAUAGCCAAGUGAAAUUAACUGCUUAUCUUGAAAUCUUACCCUGAUUUACCACAUAAGCAUUUGCAUAUGGCUGUUCUCUGGAAGA